CCCAACCGCCCGCGCCGCGAUGCCCUCUCUCCUACUCGUCGUCUUCACCCUACAGCUCCUCCUCCACAUCAUCAACACCGUCGGCGCGAACACGAUCAACGAGCUGCUAUGGAUUAUCUACAACAAAUUCCCCACGCCGACGUCCUCGGCCGCCCAGAAGACGCAGCACCUGAAGCGCGAAAUCAUCCGGCUCAAGCGCGAGCUCGGCAACACGUCCGCGCAGGACAACUUCUCGAAAUGGGCCAAGCUGGACCGACAGCAUAACAAAGCGAUGGCCGACUACCAGAAGCUCGACUCCUCCCUCCGCACGCACCAAGCGACCUUCAACUCGACGAUAUCGACGCUCCGCUGGCUCGGCACGCAGGGCCUGCGCCUCAUCCUGCAGCUCUGGUUCGCGAAGUCGCCCAUGUUCUGGAUGCCGGCGGGCUGGGUGCCGUACUACGUGGAGUGGAUACUGAGCUUCCCGCGGGCGCCCGUGGGCAGCGUGAGCAUCAACGUGUGGGGAAUCGCGUGCGCGAGCAUGAUCGCGCUGGUGGGCGAGGCGCUGACAGCGUCGUACGUGCUCGCCACGAAGCGGCCGGCGCCCACGGCCGCGCAGGCGGAGCCGAUGGCGUUCGCGGCGGAGAAGAAACGGCCCUCCAGACCCUCUGCGCGGACGGCGGAGAAGAAGGAGCUGUGAGGGGCUAUUCAUCACCGGGCGUUGGAGAACACGAGGCAUGGAUUUUCACAUUCACGUAGCGAGGAGAUGGUCUGGGAUAGAUAGAGAUAUGCAUGUCUCCCAUCUAUUUGACGCAAUGCCGUCCUGGCUUUCGCUCGGACACUGCAACACGAGUGGGAUGACCUUGGCAGGUCGUGGGGCUUCUUCUAGGCGCGCAAAUUGAACUCGUGACCGUGGAGGAGAGCGGAUCGCCGAGUCUUCGAAAGGGCCAGUCUACGAAUCCUUCUGUCUAGAGAGGGAGAUAUGGCAGGGGAGUCAUUCCAGCUGGCAUUGAGCUGUGCAAGGGGAACUCUUCCUGUAGUAUAAGCAGUGUUGCGGUUCUGCAUCUCAGGUUCGAUGUUGGGAGCCUGAAGAAGAGGCUUAGGGUGCGGGCGAAAAUUGAAGAGAAUCGUUCCGCCAAGAUUUUGGCUCCGGGCCGACGUUGUUCCGAACCGCGUGUUGGAUGCUUCCGC